GUAUCUGUCCCCUAUUUAUUGUACUCCUUUGUAUCCAAUUUAGUCUCUUUCGAACUGUCGCAGAUUUUCUCUCCUCGUAUAAGGAACCGUUGUAGCCACAAUCGCCAGCUACCAGGAACAAUGUCGAAGGAGGCCCCACGUGAACCUGAGCAGCUCCGCAAGCUGUUCAUUGGAGGUCUGAGCUUCGAAACAACGGACGAGAGUUUGCGGGCACAUUUCGAACAAUGGGGUACUCUUACAGAUUGUGUGGUAAUGAGGGACCCAGCCAACAAACGGUCCAGAGGGUUUGGGUUUGUCACCUACUCCGGUGUAAAUGAGGUUGAUGCUGCCAUGGAAGCACGCCCCCACAAAGUUGACGGCAGGCUCGUAGAGCCCAAGAGGGCAGUUUCCCGGGAGGACUCCAGCCGGCCAGGGGCUCACGUAACAGUGAAAAAGAUAUUUGUCGGCGGCAUCAAGGAAGACACAGAGGACUCCCACCUGCGAGACUACUUCGAGCAGUUCGGCAAGAUUGAAGUAAUUGACAUAAUGACCGACCGCAAUAGUGGCAAGAAGAGGGGCUUUGCCUUUGUCACGUUCGAUGACCACGAUGCAGUGGACAGGAUUGUCAUCCAGAAGUACCACACGGUGAAUGGCCACAACUGUGAAGUGAGGAAAGCGCUGUCCAGGCAGGAGAUGCAGACUACUGGCAUGGGUAUGAGGGGUGGCCGUGGAGGCGGCGGCAACUAUGGCAGAGGUGGGGGAUAUGGAGGUAAUGAUUAUGGCCGUGAUGACGGAUACUUCGGUGGCCGCGGAGGCAGAGGGGGCGGAUACGGUGGCGGUGAUGGCGGUUACAACAACGGCUAUGGCGGCGGUGAUGGCGGUUAUGGCGGAGGCCCCGGUGGUUAUGGUGGUGGUAACCGCGGUUACGGCGGGGGACAAGGUUAUGGUGGCGGAAACGGGGGUGGCUACGGCGGUGGAAACGGUUAUAACGACUACAACAAUGGCAACGGCAACGGAGGAAACUUCGGCGGCGGUAAGUCCAUGGCUUCACCACAAGAAGCAGCCCCGGUUAGUGAAGGAAAGUAUGCGGUCCACAACACCGGUUACCAUAGGGCGUCCGAAGACAUUUGUCCAACUCUUAAUUGCAACUUCGGCGGUGGCGGUGGCAACAACUACAACGACUUCGGCAACUACAACAACCAGGCCUCCAAUUAUGGCCCGAUGAAGGGUAACAAUUUCGGCGGCGGCGGUGGGAGUGGUGGCGGCAGGAACAGUGGCCCAUAUGGUGGCGGUUACGGCGGUAGCUCGGGAGGUGGUGGUGGAUAUGGCGGUGGCUCAGGCGGACGACGAUUCUAAUUUAAAAAAUAAAAAGGACUCAGUACUUAGGAGAGGAGAGCGAGACAAGUGACAGGGCAGCUGCAGGUUUACGUCCUAGAUCUGCUCAGCCAAACAGUUGUGGCAAGGUUACAGCUGCUACAAGAAGAGAUGUACAAUAGAAAAAUCAUGGAGGGGGCCUCAUAAGUUUUUCUGUGUUGUCAAAAGCAGGAUUAUUUUAUAUUUUUAUGUUUCUGGAAAGCAAGCAUUCCAAUGAGGUUUUAUGUAGAUUUUCCUUUGCGUCUAUGGUUUUAUUUGUGUAACUGCAACCAAUCAAGUUGAAAUAAAUCACCUUUCAGUUUUUUUUAAACUGUC